GCGGCACAUGAUGCUAUCGGCGCUUCGACGACGUUCGUUCAGCUCGCGCGCUGCCGCUUCACGUCCCGGCCUGCUGCAUGUGGGAUGCAAUAUCCGACGAGACGAUCCGCCCUCCAAGCAGUAUGUGCCGAAUGCCGUGUCCGUGUCGCUUCGUUCGCCCAUCGUCCAAGUGUUUGGCAGCAACACUGACGUCGGCAAGACAAUUGUGUCGGCCGGUCUGUGUCGUGCGGCCGUACAGUCGUCUGCUACAUCGUCUGUGGGGUACAUCAAGCCGCUUCAGACUGGCGGAGACUCUAUGAUGGAUGCACGAUUCCUGCAUUCGCACAUGGAUGCCUCUCGCCUGACAUGUGAGACGCUGUUCUCAUGGGACACUCCCGUGUCGCCGCAUUUGGCCGCGCAACUCGAACAGAAAUCGCUCACGGACGACAUCCUUGUCCAUCGAUUGAGUGAUGCCAUCCACAAGUUGCAGCCCACCGCGUCCACGUUGAUGGUCGUCGAGACUGCCGGUGGUGUGUGCAGGUACCACCCACAUCCAUUCAUCCCAUCGAUCCCAUCGAUCCCAUCGAUGUCUCCAUCUUUAUUAGCCCUUCCGCGAGCGGCAAAUUCCAAUGCGACGUCUAUCGCCCUCUCCGCCUCCCCGCCGUUCUCGUCGGCGAUGGCAAACUAGGCGGCAUUUCCGCCACCAUGUCGGCCCUGGACUCGCUUCUCCUUCGAGGCUACGACGUGCCUUGGAUCGUCCUCAUCGAGCAAGACGACCUCGGCAACGCCGCCGCCAUCGCUGACCGCGCCGCGGAACUCAACAUCUCCGUGUUUGCCCUGCCAAAGCUCCCGCCGCAGCCCACGCCUUUGCAUGACUGGUACAUGGCUCAAGAUGAGAUCUUUAGAAGCCUCUUGAGCGCUAUAUCAACGUACCAUCAACGCCGAGUGGACCGAUUGCAUGCGAUUUCGUCACAGGCCCAAGACAUUCUAUGGUGGCCGUUCACCCAACACAAGCAGAACCGUGGGGUGCUCGUGAUUGAUUCAGCCUACGGAGACUCAUUUGCAACAUUUGAUGCGGCCUCCACGAGCCUCGAGCCCAUGGUCGACGCGUGCGCGUCAUGGUGGACGCAGGGCCUCGGGCAUGGCAACCCCAAGGCCGCCCUCGCGGUAGCCACCACUGCCGCCAGGUAUGGACACGUCAUGUUUCCUGAAAAUGCACACGAACCAGCUGUCCAAGUGGCCGCGAAACUGCUCGAUACGGUGGGCCGACACUGGGCGUCGCGGGUUUUUUUCUCGGACGAUGGCUCCACCGCCGUCGAAGUCGCGUUGAAAAUGGCAUUCCGAACGUUUAUCACUUCUUCUUCGUACAAUUCUACCACAGACAGCAACAAGCAGUUGGUGGUGCUGGCCCAGACCAACUGCUACCACGGAGACACUUUGGGCACGAUGCACGUGGCUGAGCCGAGCGUGUUCAACCUGUCGCAGCACCCGUGGUACAAACCCAAAGCCAUCUUCGCGGCGCCCCCCACCGUGUCGCUCUCGGCAGUAUCUGGAAAACAAGGGGUAACUGUGACGUGGCCAGAGGUGGACCCAGCCUUCGCCCUCCAUUUGGAGUCGCUAGAUGACCUCUUCGAUCCGACGUCCAGGGACGCCACCGCCGCCGCCGCCGCCUACGAAGCGUACGUGACUGACCUACUGGACCAUCACGUACCACCGCACGCCGUUGUGGGCGCUCUCGUGCUCGAGCCUGUGCUUAUCGGUGCAGGCGGGAUGUUGUUUGUGGAUCCAUUGUUCCAGCGCACGAUGGUGCUGAUAUGUCGCCGUCGGGGGAUUCCCGUCGUGUUUGACGAAGUGUUCAGCGGCCUGUGGCGCCUCGGGGCCCCGUCGGGCCGCGACCUUCUGCACGUCCAUCCGGAUAUCUCAUGCUUCGCCAAGCUGCUCACGGGCGGACUCGUGCCCCUCUCGGCGACGCUCGCCGCCGACCACGUAUUUCAAGCGUUUCACUCCCACGCUAAAGCCGACGCGUUGUUGCACGGACACUCUUUCACCGCCAACCCCGUGGGCUGCGCGGCGGCGCUGACGGCGCUCGACAUGUACGAUUCCCUUGGUCAAGACGAUGCGACCCCCCGGGUGUACUGGGACCCGGCGACCGUCGCGGCUGUCGGCCAAAGCACCCGCGUGGUCCGGGCGUUCCAGCUGGGAACUGUCGUAGUGUUUGAGCUGGCGUCGGAAGGCAAGGGGUACGAGGCCACAGGCGCCCAAGACUUCAUUAGACACCUGCGCACGGACGGCAUCUACGCCCGCGCCCUCGGCAACGUCAUUUACAUCAUGUGCUCCCCACUCACGACAACCGACGUCUGCCGCCAGGUGCUGCAGAAGGUCGCCAAGGUCGUACUCGGCUGAUUCAGUCGUCCUGUUCGCCGGUAGUAGGACGUACUAGUAGUACUGUACGAUGUGGAUGCGUACCCAUCAGAAUACUAGUACUGUAGUGUAGUAGUAUUAAUAACUUACUACGUUGUACUAGCAAGUUGUCCGAA